AUGAGUUAUGAUGUGAGUUUUUCAGGGCUUUUUUAGGCCGGCCCAAAAUUUUCAGGCCUUCUUUUUUUUGCAGGGCUUCGAGGAGGAUCGAAUGGGUCUGAAAAUCCAGUCUGAAACUAUUGAGUUGACCAAAGAUGAGAAGGGAUUGGUUGGAAUAUCAAUAGGUGGGUAGCGGGAUCGAACCCUGGACCUUUUACCUGCUAGACAACACUUUUACCGACUGCGCUAUUCAUUCUUGGGAGUAUAGCGCAGCUGGUUAAAGGCUUGUUUGUCAGGUGAAAGGUCAGGGGAUCAAUUCCCCAUCGGAACUUAUGUUUUUUUUUAAUGUUUAGGUGGCGGCUCACCGUAUUGUCCUUGCGUUUACGUAGUGCAAGUUUUCGACGGCUCUCCGGCUUUCAAAGACGCAAGAAUUCGUUGCGGUGAUGAAGUUGUGGCGAUAAAUGGGAUAAAUGUGAAAGGAGAAAGGAAAUCGGCGGUUGCUCAGCUUAUACAAGUUUCUCUAAAUCCUGUGAAGGUUAGUUCGCCUCAGCGGGGAAUUGAACCCGUGACCUUUUGAUUUGUAAUGAAAGCUUUAACCUGUUGAGCCAAAAAAUCCACGAAUGGCGCAGCUGGUAAAUCAAUUGUCUAUGAGUUAAAAGGUCAGGGGAUCGAUCCCGUCACUGAACAAUCCCAAUUUUUUGUUUUUUUUAGAUCACGAUAAAUAAACUGGAAGAUGAUACAAGUAAGGGAAAAACGCUGGACAUAGUGAUAAAGAAGGUGAAGCAUAAAAUCGUCGAAUUUAUGGAUCAAGAUUCAGCGGACGCUUUGGGCCUUUCGCGGGCCAUUUUAUGUAAUGAUCCACUGGCGGCCAAGGAGAAAAUACUCGAGGAAAAUUCGGAAUUCUAUCGACAUUUGGUGGCCUAUUUUGGUGAUAUGUUUCAGUAUCAGGAAAGGAUUGCAGAAUGUCAGAAAGGUUGGUGAAGGUUUUGCCACGUGGAUUUAAGUUAGCUUAACUUGAAAGUUAUAAUUUUAUUUUGAUAUGGGGAUCUCAAUUUUAAAGUGUUUAGAGCUAGAUUUUAGUUAGCAAAAUUUUUGAAAUUGAAAAAUAGCAAACAAAAAUGUGAAAAAAAAUUAAAUUUAAAAAUUUUUUGCCACGUGGAAUAUGAAUAGUCGAUUUCAAAGCUGAAGGUGUUCAUUCAUUAAAAUUAAAAUUCUGAAAUUGAAAUUUUGCCACGUGGAUUUAAGUUAGCUUAACUUUAAAGUUAUAAUUUGAUUUUGAUACGGGGAUUUCAAUUUUAAAAAUUUACAGGGCUAGAUUUUAGUUAGCAAAACUUUUAAAUUUAAAAAAUAGCAAAAAAAGCGUGAAAAAAAAUGAAAUUUGAAAAAAUAAAAAAAUUUAGAAAUUUUACCACGUGGAUUUCGAAUUCAGAAAUUUUGCCACGUGGAUUCUAGUUAUCCUAAUUUCGAGCUUGUAUUCUGCCACGUGGCUUCUUCAAAAUUCGAAAUUUUCAGAAUUUGGCUCAAUUUUCUGCGAUCUCGCCGCUCACGAAAAACAACAAACUGCAAAUGAGGCUUUCAGCGCGUUUGGCGACAGACAUCGUCUAAUUUCCAAAAAACAGGUAGGUCAAAUUUUUUUUUGGAAAAAGAAAUCCUGGCGGCAAUUUCAAAAAUUCAAAAAAAAAAUUUCCAGUCCGAAUCCACGAUCCAGCUUCAAAAAAUGGUGUCGGAUUUGCAAGUUUACAUCGAUCAUGUUGUUCCGGACACCAGAUUGACUAUUAAAAAGUAAGUACUGUACCUUGAGCUACAGUACCCCUACAGUAACCUUUUUCCAGAUAUCUCGAUGUGAAAUACGAAUAUUUGUCAUAUUGUUUGAAGUUGAAGGAGAUGGAUGAUGAGGAAAAUGAGUUUAUUCAAAUUCAGGAACCACUAUAUCGAGUUGAAACCGGAAAUUAUGAGUAUAGGUGAGGAAUUGGUGCCACGUGGCAAGGAUUUUUGAAAUCGUGAUGUGAUUUGGAGCAUUUAGAGCCCAAACAUGAUACAUUAACCGCAAAAAUAGUCUAAAAUAGUCAUGUUUGAGCUCAAAAUGCUCCAAAUUUCCAGCUAAAUUUUUUGCCACGUGGCAUUUUUUAUUGAGUCUGAAAUUUGGAGCAUUUUGAGCCCAAACAUGACUAGGUUUUGAGUCUUUUGAGAAAAAAUGUCUGAAAAUGUUCCAAACCUAGUCAUGAUUGGGCUCAAAAUGCUUCAAAUGUCUAGCUGAAUCCAAAAAAAAAUCAAAAAUCUCCAGACUAAUGCUACGAUGUCGUCAAGAAUGUCGUCAACGUUUCGUUCAAAUGCGCAACGAUGUAAUGAUCAAAAUCGAGCUUUUGGAUCAAAAACACGUUCGCGACAUUGCUCAACAUUUGGCACAUUUCGCCAAAACCAUGGCAAAAUGUCAAGCGGAAUGCGCCGAGAUUCUCAAAAAUCAAAUCGAUGUGCCGAUUGAGAUCGAUUUGGAGCAAUUGAGCAUUUCGGAGAGGAAAGUGGUGGCAGCAUCGGAGCCGGAUUCGAGAGCUCAAGAGCUCGAGGUGGCUCAGGAGGCAGCUUUGAUUAGUGUCGAUGAUUUUGUGGUGGAAAAUGAGACAUUGUUGAGUUUUGAAGAGACGCAGGAUAAUCAAUUGUCGUUGAUUGAUAUUGAAUAA